GGCCGUUUGUUUUCCUGUGGUUGCCAACUCGCGCCCUCCUCAUCCUCCCCCCCGGCGUGCGGCGGGGCGGAAGGACAGCGGCGGCGGCGGCUGUGCAGGCUCGGGACUCCUUCCCUCUCCCGCGAGCGCGUUCUUCUUUCCCCUCUCACUGUUUGUUGUGUGUUUGAUGUGUUAAAGCAGGAGCGAGAACUCGAGCAGCGCCAUGAGCAACGCUACCGUCGUCCCCAGUACUGCGGGCCCGGGUCCCAGCGGAGGGCCGGGUGGCGGAGGUGGUGGCGGCGGAAGCAGCGGCACCGAGGUAAUCCAGGUGACUAAUGUCUCCCCGAGCGCUAGCUCUGAGCAGAUGCGGACCCUCUUCGGUUUCCUAGGCAAGAUCGACGAACUGCGCCUCUUCCCGCCGGAUGAUUCACCUUUGCCAGUCUCCUCUCGUGUCUGCUUUGUUAAGUUCCAUGAUCCGGACUCAGCAGUUGUGGCACAGCAUCUGACAAAUACUGUAUUCGUUGACAGAGCUUUGAUAGUCGUACCAUAUGCAGAAGGAGUUAUUCCUGAUGAGACUAAGGCUUUAUCUCUGUUGGCACCAGCUAAUGCAGUGGCAGGUCUUCUGCCUGGUGGUGGACUUCUGCCUACACCUAACCCACUUACACAGAUUGGCGCUGUUCCAUUAGCUGCUUUGGGAGCUCCUACUCUUGAUCCUGCCCUUGCUGCACUUGGGCUUCCUGGCGCAAACUUGAACUCUCAGUCUCUUGCUGCAGAUCAGUUGCUGAAGCUUAUGAGUACUGUUGAUCCCAAGUUGAAUCAUGUAGCUGCUGGUCUUGUUUCACCAAGUCUGAAAUCAGAUACCUCUAGUAAAGAAAUAGAGGAAGCCAUGAAAAGAGUACGAGAAGCACAGUCCCUGAUAUCCGCUGCUAUAGAGCCAGAUAAGAAAGAAGAAAAAAGAAGGCAUUCAAGAUCAAGAUCACGUUCUAGGAGGAGGAGGACUCCCUCAUCUUCUAGACACAGACGAUCAAGAAGCAGGUCGAGGAGGCGAUCACAUUCUAAGUCAAGGAGUAGACGACGAUCCAAAAGUCCAAGACGGAGAAGAUCUCAUUCUAGAGAGAGAGGUAGAAGGUCAAGGAGCACAUCAAAAACCAGAGACAAAAAGAAAGAAGACAAAGAAAAGAAACGUUCUAAAACACCACCAAAAAGUUACAGCACAGCCAGACGUUCUAGAAGUGCAAGCAGAGAGAGACGACGACGAAGAAGUAGAAGUGGAACAAGAUCUCCUAAAAAGCCUAGGUCUCCUAAAAGAAAAUUGUCUCGUUCACCAUCCCCUAGGAGACAUAAAAAGGAGAAAAAGAAAGAUAAAGACAAAGAAAGAAGCAGAGAUGAAAGAGAACGAUCAACAAGCAAAAAGAAGAAAAGUAAAGAUAAAGAAAAGGAACGGGAAAGAAAAUCAGAGAGUGACAAAGAUGUAAAACAGGUUACACGGGAUUACGACGAAGAGGAACAGGGGUAUGACAGUGAGAAAGAGAAAAAAGAAGAGAAGAAACCAACAGAAGCAGGUUCCCCUAAAACCAAGGAAUGUUCUGCGGAGAAGGGAACUGGUGAUUCACUAAGAGAAUCCAAAGUGAAUGGGGAUGAUCAUCAUGAAGAAGACAUGGAUAUGAGUGACUGAAUAUUGCCUCUGUGGGAAUCCAACUGUAUACAUGCAUCAGUGUCAUUCCUUUGUGUGAUUUUUAGUGCUGUAUUUGUUCAUCUCAAACCUAGAUGUAUACAGCUCUGAAUUACAAAUGGUUAUAAAGCUCCUGAUACUGAUACUUAUUUACAACAAAACUCUUAGAAAAUGGUACAUGGGUAACCAACUCUUGUGGCGAAAUCUGAUUGAGUAAUCAAGCAGCUUUACUAUUCUGGUGCUGCUUCGUAACAAAAAUGAAAAGCUGCAUGCAUCUACAGCAGGCAUGGAUUGUUUAUGUUGUACGAUCUCCUUUAUUAAGUAAGUUCACUUAUAGUAUUUCUAGAAUUUGAGUCAUGUAAUAGAGCAGUGUAGGGAAUGCACUGAUUGCAUGUUAUGUGGCAAGAAUAUCCUAAUGUCAUUACAAUCUUCCAACAUGAUGGAUCUACUUACGGUCUUGUUUGUUGACAUGACAAAUUAACAUUCUUAGAGUUACAUCUGGAAACAAGCAUUUGAAAUAGGUAAUCCUUCAAGCCUUGUGGCUAAAUAUUUGUGGCUUUGUUUAACUUAGAAAGGUUAUAUGUGCACUAACCUUUUUUGAUGGCUAAUUAGGCUUUAAUUACAGGAACAAGAUUUCAAAUAAAACUGCCUUUGGCAGUGAGUAAAUAGCAAAAUAUUUUGAAGUAGAGUUAUAUACUUUUUCAUAUAGAUGUUUUGGAAUUUUUUUUCCUUAAGUAAUUUAUUUCACAUCUAUAUCAGUGAAAGCUAUUCACUUAUUCUGAGUCCUUCUAUAAAAGAAAAGUAUCUUGUCGUCCUGAUUAUCAGUUUUCCACUUUCAUUAAUUUGUUUUCAGCUCACUGUUGGAAAAAAGAGGGUAGUGCAUUUUAAAUUGACCUUCAUAUGCUUUUAAAAUAAGACAGAUCUACUUGAUGAUGUACUUUUAUUUGAUAUCUCAAGUUGUAUAAAACCAAUAAAUUUGUGUUACUAUUACUGCAGUAGUAAUCUUACACAUACAGUGAUUCCAUGUUAUAUGCAAAGUAGUUAGGCAACUGUUUUCUUAGUUACAGGAGUUUCAAGCUUCACUUUUGUGCAGUAAAAACAAAAGUAGGCUACAAUCUGUGCCAUGUUGAUGUACAGUUUCUGAAAUUGUUUUACAAGACUUUGAUAAUAAAACCCUUAAACUUA